GUUGGUCAGUAGCUGUGAGGCCUUGCAGUAGUGGUGGGCAGUGUUUGGCAAGCACUGGAAUUUAUGGCAUACAUUGGUUGGUGAAUGUUGGCUUCUUCAUCCCACCUGGGGAGACUGAGCAGCUGCGGGGUUACAGAGCCAUUAGGGUCCAACCUCUGCUGUUCUGGGUGUCCUUGUGAGUAGGAAAGAGGCAGCAAUGCAAAAUAAGAUGGAAACAAAGAGAAGGGGCAUCAAGAGGCCUGGAAUCCAUGAUGGAUAUCUGCCCAGAGUUGUCCUCUCACAGAGAAAAAGUGCCAGUUACGAAGAAAAGUAACUCGAUGAUGACAACACAGUUACUGCCACUGUGCACUUCCUCAUUGUGACACAACAAUGGCACCAAGGCUACCACUAAACCAAUCAGUUCUGCAAUAGGGAGUGACUCAGGGCCUCACAGCCUUGCUUCCAUCAUCCUCUUCAUUUAUCAGGGGAACGCAACCUCCUACUUCGCUGUCUUCAUCCACUCGGGAAAUGCCUAGUCCUGAUGCUGCUUCACCAGCAUCAUCUCUCGGGGGAGCACCGCGUCCUGAUGAUUCUCCAGCAUCAUCCAUUUGGUAGCAUAUCUUCCUGCUUCUUCGACUUCAUGUGCUGCAGGACACUGCCUCUCCAGCAUCAACCGUCAUGGGAGCGCCCUCUCCUUUGGCUUCUCCAGCAUCGUCUGUCAUGGGAGCGCCCUCUCCUUCAGUUUCUCCAGCGUUGUCUUCUUCAAAGUCGCCCAUAGUGGGAGCGCCCUCUCCAUUGCCCUCUUUAGCACUGUCCAUUGCCGGAGCACCCCCUCCAUUGUCCUUUACAGCGUUGUCAUUGCAGGAACACAAUCUGUGUUGCCCUUGCCAGUGUCAUAGAUCGUGGGAGCGCACUCUCCUUCUGCUACUGCAACAUCGCCCGUCAAGGGAGCCAUGCCUCAUGCUGCUUUCUCAGCUGCUUUUUCAGGUUCAUCUGCCUUCUGCUUCUCCAGCGUUGUCCACCGUGGGAGCGCCCUCUCCUUUGGCUUCUCAAGCAUGGUCCAUCGCGGAAGCACCCUCUCCUGCUUCUCCAACAAUGUCCGUCGUGGGAGCGAUGCCUCGUGUUGCUUUAUCAGAUUCAUCCGCCAUUGGAAGACCACAUCCUGCUGUGUCCUCAGCUUUGAUCACCAGGAAAGUUAUGUGCCCAACUGCUUCACCAGCACAGCCUAUCGCAGGCAUUCCAUCUCCUGUGAAGCCUCUAGCAUCAUACUUCUGGAGUGCGCCCUGUCCAGCACCGCCACUAGCAUUGUCGUUCUGGUGUGCAUCAUCUCCUGAAGCGCCUCUUGCAUUGUCCUUCUGGUGUACGCCAUCUACAGCAUUGCCUUUAACAUUGUCCAUCAGGUUCAUCUGCCUUCUGCUUCACCAGCGUUGUCCGCCAUGGGAGCGCCCUCUACUUCGGCUUCACAAGCAUGGUCCAUCGUGGGAGCACCCUCUACUGCUACUCCAACAACGCCCGUCGUGGUCUCUGGUAAUGUAUCUUGCCUGGCCCUUCUGGUGAACGCCGUCUACGGCGUUGCCUUUAGCAUUGUCCUUCAGGCGUGCGCCGUCUCCG